GUGGUUUUGUUGGUUAGAAGUGACUACAGGUUUACAACAUAAAAGUACUUCAAUUGAAAAGAAUGUCGUUACCCAUAGUGUUUGUAACGGGCAACGCGAAGAAGCUGGAAGAAUUCAUCGCUAUUUUGGGAAAAGACUUUCCUCGAUGGAUAACGAACAAGAAAAUUGAUCUGCCUGAAUAUCAGGGCGAAGUAGACGAUAUAUGUCGAGACAAAUGUCGAGCCGCAGCAAAUCUAGUGAAGGGCCCAGUGAUUAUCGAAGAUACAUGUCUCUGCUUUAACGCGCUGAAGGGUCUUCCGGGACCUUAUAUCAAGUGGUUUCUCGAGAAACUGGGCCCUGAAGGUCUUCAUAGGAUGCUCUACGGAUUUGAAGACAAAUCAGCAGAAGCGGUUUGCACAUUCGGUUAUUGUUCUGGUGAAAGCUCUGAAGUCCAUCUAUUUCAAGGUCGAACUCAAGGCACCAUUGUAAGUCCGCGAGGUUCCAGAGAUUUCGGCUGGGACCCUUGUUUUCAGCCGCUGGACUAUGACAAGACUUACGCAGAACUGCCGAAAGAAGAAAAGAACAAAAUUUCUCAUCGCAGCAAGGCAAUAGAAAAACUAAAAGAUUAUUUGAUAAACAAUGAGAAUAUUUAA